AUGGCAUUCAAUCUAUACCGAGCAGAAAGUACAAAGAUUAGCAAGCAUAUAUCUGUGCACACACAGCAAGGACAAAUUGAAUACAGACUAGCAGGUAUCAUUUACUUUGGUGGGUUCCAUUUUACAUGCAGGAUUAUUUCAGCUGACAACCAUAUCUGGUGCAAUGAUGGCCGGGACAUGGGGUCUAGAUGUGAAUCACAGGGGACAUUGAAGGCAAUGGAAACACACAUGCUCAAGACUAUGGGAAAUAGAAAUGUGUCUGUGGCCAUAUAUGUCAGGAUAGAUGAUCAAUGA